CAGGAUUGGAAGUUCUGACCUGUUGUCAUGACCCAGUUGAAGGUUGGAGAACCACCAGUUCUGCUAAAGGAAUCACUCUGGGGGCUGUAGAAUCAGGCUGACCUCACCUCCGAUGACCUUCUCCGAUCUACAAAGGUCAUGUCUAAGUUCUUCCACGACAAGCCUGCCAUAGCGCCUCCUGUGUUUGUUUUUCAAAAAGAUAAAGCACAGAAGCGGUCUGCUGACGGCUCGAGUGCCGAGGAUGGAGAAGAUUCAGAUAAAGAAGAGGGAAGCUACUGUCCUCCUGUCAAAAGGGAGAGGACAUCAUCAUUCCCACCCCCACAUUCUGUUUCCAAGAACAACGUGUUCAUGCCCUCAAGUUUCAGCCACUCUCCGACUGGGAAUUCAGACUCUGAGCCAGAGGAAAAGCCAGUGGCGUUUCGCUUGAAGCCUCCGACUCUUAUACACGGACAAGCGCCCAGUUCAGGCGUCCCUAGUCAGAAACCCAAGGAGCAGCAGCGCAGUGUUCUCCGCCCAGCAGUUCUUCAAGCUCCGCCCUCAAAAUCACAUUUAGAGUCCAACUCGAGUUGUGGUACCAACGGUGUGAAAAAGUCGUCGGAUGGAGAUCAAGGAACUCAGUCACUUUUCUUGAACAACACAGAGCACUCAUCAAAAUCACAGAAAUGUGGAAAUGAGGAGGACGAAGGAAGUGAUGACAAAGAUGGAGCAGAAAAAGAGAAGAAGGAGGCGGACGUAGCAAUAUCUUUUGUGUUUGGUCAGAAUAUUAAAGACCGAGCAAAGUUGGACGUCAACAACACAGAAGAAAAGUCCAAGGGUGGAGUUCCGGCGGACUCUCAAUCAGAGGGCACAAAUUAUUUCCUACAGUACAUCUCCACUCCAAGUUCAAAAAACGCCACGAACAGUACAGACAGUGGGGCGAAGUUUGUUUUUGGGCAGAACAUGUCGGAACGAGUUCUGAGUCCGCCCAAAGGUGAGUCUUCAGUGGAGGAGAAUAAAGAGAUUUCAGUGGCUCCCGUGUCAGAGCCGUCGUCGCAGGAACCCACCCCGGAGAAAGCGAACAGCGUGUCGGAGUCGCUGGAGGAGUCUGCAGCAGCAUACACCAAAGCCACAGCCAAGAAGUGCAUCUUAGAGAAAGUCGAUGUCAAAACCGGAGAGGAGUCUGAAAGCAACGUUUUACAGAUGCAGUGCAAGCUAUACGUUUUUGAGAAGACUGCCCAGUCGUGGAUAGAAAGAGGUCGAGGUUUACUCAGGCUCAACGACAUGGCAUCGACAGAUGACGGCUCGCUACAGUCCAGACUGGUGAUGAGGACUCAAGGGAGCCUCCGGUUGAUCCUCAACACUAAACUGUGGCCCCAGAUGCAAGUGGACAAGGCCAGCGACAAGAGUGUACGAGUCACUGCCAUGGACACAGAGGACCAGGGGGUCAAGGUCUUCCUAAUAUCAGGUAGCUCAAAGGACGUGGGGCAGCUAGCCGCCGCAUUACAUCAUCGUAUACUGGCCCUGAAGAGCCGAGUGGAGCAGGAGCCCGAGACCCCGGCCACGACCAUCCCAGAGGCAGAAGUACCGCAGUCUAAUGAGGAGGACAGCGACGAAGAAGACAAUGCCUCCGCCUCCGCUUCCACCUCCACUCCUGCAACAAGUAACUCAGAGGGCGGAGAGAGCCAGACGGCCGGGAGCACAUAGCGUCUUUCAGUCGGACGGCCUGCUGGGAUGAUGCUGCUGCUGCUGCCGAGGCAUUUUACUGGUAGGCAUCUCAAUGGACACCCUCGACCAACACGGUCCUCCAGACCAGUACUUUUGGAUAUUAGAAGUCUAGCUCCAGGAAUUAACCCCUCGUGCCGGAGUGUCUCACCCAACCUGUGCAGUUCAUCUUCUCUGCAAUCAUACAUGGAGUCGAUUCUUCCCGCCCUCCUCCUGUUUUUGUGUUUUGACUAUUUUUUCUACUCCUCUCCCCGAUGGCAAAAAAUAAAGACUUCAAAUCUUUGGUUUGGGACUUUUCUGCUCAUCAUAUUGAUGAGUGUAAGGGUGUGUUCCUCUACAUUUUAAGGUAUGGCACAUGUUGAGACUGCAGUUUCUACUUUGGGACCUUUUUACUCACUGAACCUCUGCAGGCCACACGUCCAGAGGAGGCUUCAACCACCGCGUGUUUGACUAGUCAUCAAGUCCGAGUCCGACACCGGGUCCAGCCCUGUACCCCCUCCACCUCCUCCCCCGCCCCUCCCCCACCUCCGACAUCCCAACCAGUCUGUGCAUUACGUUUUGGCAGAUGUAAUUUAUUUUUGCCGUCGUUUUCCAUGAGGCGUCACAACAUGUAAUGACUAGCCAAAACCAUGUGAGUUCAUCACUAGCAGUUUGUAAUAUUUCCUAUUGACAUAUAAUAUAGUGAAUAAAAGACUGAAACAA